AUGAGAGCAUUAACAAUUAUCCCUAUAUUUUUCCUUUUGGGUUCAACAUUGCUAUUAAUCCUUACAGUUAUCAAUGGUGCAGGAACAUCUUCAAUCUUGGGCCGUUUCUAUUGGUCUCAAACCGAUACUUCCGGCUUGACUGGGGUUCCUUUUUCAACUACAAGAUGGACAUUCUAUAGACUUUGUGAAAAUGUUAAUAAUAGAAAUGCUAAUUGUGAAAAAUCAAAAGCUGGAUUCCCUUAUUCUCCAGAAGAUAAUUUUGGUAGAGAUAGUGGUAUUCCUGAAAAUUUCAUUAGUGAUAGGGAUACUUAUUUCUAUUUAUCUCGUUGUGGUUGGGCAUUCACUCUUGUUGCGUUGUUCUUCACAGUAGUUGCAUUAUUCUUCACUCCAUUGAAUAUUUGUUUUAGUUUUGGUGGUAUCCUUGGUGUGGUUUGUACAGCAAUUGCUUUAUUAUUUGAUAUCACAGCAGCAAGUGUAAUCACAGCCGCACAUGUUAAAGGAAGACAUCAAUGGAAUCGUGCUGGUUUCCAUACAACUAUAGGAGCAGCAGCUUUUGGUAUUUUAUGGGCAUCUGUUGCUACUUUAAUUAUAUCAUUUGUUAGUUUGAUUGUAGCCUUGGUAUUUGCUCGUAGAUCAAGAAGAAGACGUUUCAAUAGUAAUAAUGGUGCUAAUGGUGUACCUGAAAGUACCAAUGGAUAUCCUAAAGAAACUAGUAGUUUUCAAAGAGGUGAAUAUGAACCUCGAGACCAUGUUGGCGAACCAGGAUCAGAUGCUUCAAAGUUUAGAUUCUUUAGAGUCAAAAGAGCUAAACCAGAAGAUGUUUAA